AUGAAUUUUAUUGGUAAAAGUAAAAUCUCAAUAAUUGGGUUAAGAAGAACAACCUUUUUCUUGAAAUCCAAUAUUUCAAUAAGGUCGCAAAUAAUAUAUAUUAGACCAUUAAGCAGUAGUCAUAAUUACACUGGAGGACCAGACCUGAAACGUCAUGUACAUUCGGAAGUGAAAACUAACCCAGGUAAGAGUACCAGCGCUGAACCAUAUCAAAAUGAGCAAAUCAUGAAAUUAAUCAAAAAGUCAAAAAUGCUUUCUAAACUCCAAGCUGAUCCUAGAUUCUCACAUUACUUUAAGAAAAUAACCACAUCAGGAACAAUCCCUAUGAUAACAUCAUUUUUUAUUUUACAUGAGCUAACUGCAAUAGUACCUUUAUUUACGGUCUGGUAUAUUCUUUACAAUCUAAGUCUUUUAGAGAACUUAGAGUUUUCUGGAGAGCUCAUGACAAAGUGUAGCAAUGCAAUAGAAAAGCUCGUUGGAGAUAAGUACCAAGAGUAUGAUAAACAUAGACUUAUCUUAAGUGGUGCACUGUCUUAUGCCCUUGUUAAGGUGAUGGGCCCUGUAAGAAUUAUUAUAAGUCUCUGGGGGGCUCCUUAUUUUUGCCGAUGGUUAAUAAUGCCAUUCAAGAAGCUAGCAAAUCUAAUAAAAUUAUAA